AGGGUUUCCGGUUCAUUCCGGAAGUGACGCACGAAAGUAAAUAAUGCGCUUUUUACGGUAUUUAAUAAUGGUGAAAAGUGCAUAAAAUCCUUGACUUUUAAGACACGUUUCAGUUCUACAGCGUAGAGUGUGGACAUAAAAUAGCCCUCACAGCAGCCCAACAAUGUUCACAGACAUGGAUUACGAGCUGGAAGAAGACAAGCUUGGGAUACCAACCGUCCCAGGAACUGUGAGCCUCCAGAAAGAUGGAAACAACCUCAUUGGAAUAAGCAUUGGGGGAGGGGCACAGUACUGCCCGUGUCUCUAUAUUGUGCAGGUCUUUGAUAACACUCCGGCUGCUUUGGAGGGCACACUGGCUGCAGGCGAUGAAAUUACAGGUGUAAAUGGCAAACCAGUGAAAGGAAAGACAAAAGUGGAGGUAGCCAAGAUGAUUCAAGCUGUCCAGGGGGAAGCAGUUAUUCAUUAUAAUAAAUUGCAAGCGGAUCCAAAGCAAGGGAAAUCUCUGGAUAUAGUUCUGAAAAAAGUAAAGCAUCGUCUUGUUGAGAAUAUGAGCUCUGGUACAGCAGACGCCCUCGGACUUAGUAGAGCUAUUUUGUGCAACGAUGGUUUGGUGAAAAGACUAGAAGAACUAGAAAAGACAGCUGAACUCUACAAAGGGCUUAUGGAGCACACAAAGAGACUGCUGAGAGCUUUUUUUGAGCUUUCUCAAACUCAUAGAGCGUUUGGUGACGUCUUCUCUGUCAUCGGUGUUCGAGAGCCACAGGCAGCAGCCAGUGAGGCAUUUGUAAAGUUUGCAGAUGCUCACCGUAGCAUUGAAAAGUCGGGUAUUCAACUUCUAAAGACCAUCAAACCUAUGCUCCACGACCUCAACACAUACCUUCACAAAGCCAUCCCAGACACAAAGCUUACGAUCAGAAAGUACCUAGAUGUGAAGUUUGAAUAUUUGUCUUAUUGUCUGAAGGUCAAAGAAAUGGAUGAUGAAGAAUAUAGCAGCAUAGCCCUGGGUGAACCUUUGUACAGAGUUAGCACCGGCAACUACGAGUACCGUUUGAUUCUCAGAUGUCGCCAAGAAGCCCGUGCCCGCUUUGCAAAAAUGAGGAAAGAUGUUUUGGAGAAAAUAGAGCUGCUUGAUCAGAAACAUGUCCAGGACAUCGUGUUCCAGCUGCAGCGCUUCGUUUCGAGCAUGUCCCACUACUACGACGAGUGUUACGCAGAACUGAAGGAGGCGGACGUGUUCCCCAUUGAGGUGGAUCUGUCCCGUACCAUGUUGAACUACAGCAGUCAGUCCCUCUCCUACACAGACGAGGAUGACGAGGAGCAGGGGGGCGGCGGCGGCGGUGAACAGGAGCAAGGAACGAGCGCAGUCCAACAGGCGGAGAACGGUGCGGAGAAGCUGAUUGAUGACGACUAAGUGUGGGGUUAAAAUCGACCAGUUUUCACUUUUUAAAUUGGC